CUCAAAAGUCCUUGUUAGCGAUCUCUACUUCUGAGGACGCUCUGUCUCGACAAGUAUUUGCUUUCCUCUCUACUUGAGUAUUCAGUUUCAAUUACUUACUCAAAGUUCACUGGAAGUGCAGCCCCAUGAGUUGUGGAAAAGGUAGUCACCCCUUUUCUGUGGAAAGUCUUCUGGGACUUGGUAAAAACUUUCAAGAUUCUCUUCAGAAGCAACAAGAAGUGAAGACGGAGCCGCAGCCUUCGCAUUCUGUACACGACAUUCACGAAAGAACUUUACCAUGUUACGAAGAUAAAAGAGAACAAUUAAAUGAUUUCACGGAGAUCGACGAGCCAAGCAGAAAAAGACGACAAAGGGUGCUUUUCAACGAAAGUCAGAUUCACAUCUUAAAAAGUGUUUUCGCCAGACAAAAGUACCUCUCUCCCGAGGGAAGAAAAAGUCUAGCCGACUCCCUCAACCUUUCGCCAAAACAAGUCAAGACUUGGUUUCAAAACUACAGAUACAAAUGCAGAAGAAAGAUUUACAGUCAAGUUCGGUGUUACGAAGAAAAACCAGGACAAAGAUUAACAACCUCGAACGUUUUCGAUGCCUCGCUUCGUGGCAGUCAAACGAACAUUCAUUUUCCAAGUGAAACAAAUAGAUGGGACAAUAAGUCAAUAGGAAUUUCACCUCAAUUUUGUGACAUCCCAUAUUACUUUCCAUACACGAAUAACCUUCGUCUGAUACAGAAAUAAAUAAUUAUAUAAUAUGACAGUUUUACAUAGCAGUAGAUAUAUAAAGAAUUAAACUACCUUAUUAC